CUGCAGGCCUGCCACCGCGGCGUGCAGCGGGCGUCCCGUUGUCUGCGUCUCGUGAUCGCGACAACACGCGUCGCGUCGACGGUUCGUUGAAGGGGCGACUGUUUUUGUUCCCGACGCUCAGGGGCCGUGGUCCCGUAUGUCAGCAAUAGAAGACGAAUACGAUGCAUAUUACUCGCCGUUGGACCUCGAAGGCGUCUGCCUGUCUCAGAGUCCUCGGCACGCCGCAGACAGCCCACCGCCCGCGGUCUCGGAACCUGCUUCACAGUCUACGGCACCUGAAACUUCCGACGAGUUUGACGCAUAUGACUUCUCAGAAUUCACGGCUACAGACUUUGCGCAAAUUGACGCUGCGCUCGUCGGUGACGCAGCCUCGGUAUCGACCACCACAUGCGCGCCGAACAGCGACCACAACAGCAACAAGCCAGGAGGUCCUGCGAUUGAAAUCAGGUUGGAAGCUGAACUUGCUGACCGUUCUACUCUUGUGAAGGCACCAUCGAAGGAAGUACCGCUCCGACCGCCAAUGCGCGAUACCCGGAGCCCCUUCCAACGCUUUCGCAAGUGGAAUAAGCACUUCUCUGUGUCUGAUUUAGUGGGUCCAGCUUGGUGUGAGGUUCAAUUUGAUUAUGGCCUUCGACAGAAGCGGCACUUGAAGCCUGAGCAGAGACCUGAUGCUUUCGUGACGGAUGAUGGCAAGACGAUCAAUGUCGACAAAGGUGUCGCGCAGCAGAAUCAUCGUGUUAUUACCCGUGGCCAGUCGGUCCAUAAAGUUUUGGAGCGUGAGGUGCGGCCGGAGGAAGUUCCUGUUGAGAUCACGACAUCAGAGGAACGCUGGGGCGUACGCCUCGUGAACAUGCUGGCUAGCUUGGACCUGCUCAUGGAAUCCGGCCUCUCUCGCGAAAUGCCCGUGUUUGGCAUCAUUCAUAAUCAGAUCGUCGUUGGGAUCAUCGACGAGUUAGUUCGCAAACCCACGCCGACACCACCCGCAGAGCAAAGACGGCGAAGAGGUCGGCCUCCUGGCAGCGGCAAGGGUCUCAAUAAGCGCGCUUCUCCGGCCACGCCGACGAAGGGCGGGAACAAGAAGUCGCGGCGCACCCCCGAGCUUUCGCAACCACAGCUUACAUCGUACUUCCAUGCAGCCGUACAAGCGCCAGAGCGCGAUGACUUCGAGUCUGCCUUCCCUACACGUUCUCCCGCUGAUGACAUUCAGCCGAGUCGCCCUGGCGCAAACGAUGAUGGACAACCCAUCGUAGCGCCUCCUUCCUCGUACAUGUUGCAUAUCUCGGACACGAAGACUCGACGCACACCCAGUCUUCCUCCUGAAGAAGACACUCUAUCAUCUCGCCUACAGCUUAUGCUGUACCAUCGUUUACUGAGCAGCCUCCUUCGAUCCCCACCAUCACCGACGUCACAGAACAGCCCACAACCAUCAACAGACACGUUUCCGCCGCCCAUCGACUUCCCCGCGAUAUGGAAGAGGCUCGGCCUCGAUCCUCAACGGACGUUCUCCGCUGCCUUCAUGCGCGACGCCGGCCUGCAAGCCAUCAAAUGCCUCGACGACCUCGUCGCGGCAUGGUACCACGCCGUCUCCGCGCUGAAUGUAUCCGGUGUCGACCGGACGCUCACUCUCGUCUACCGCCUGCAGCCUUCUCACUCGCAGAAGGCGAAGGCCGCUUUUGAUCAGGAGGCGGUUGACUUGGCUCGUGCAAUCGAGGCGAGUCUGAAUGAAGCGCCGCGCGCGUGGGCCGGUGGGGACGAGCAGCUUGCGAAGGCGAUCACGGAGAACAUCAAGGGGGCUACGCUCGAAGGCGGGCGGGAUGCUUUCGCGGAAGCUGUAGGCGCGGUGCCAGAUACGUUGACUCCGAGCGCGGAGGAGCUGGAUGAAGGAGAGAAGACACCGCGUCGAGAGGCGACGGUUGCUCUGGACAGCGAGGAAAAGCCCUCUGACUCGCGCGAGACGAGCAAGCAACCUCAAGAGAGCGACUCGGACGGGGAGGGGAUGCAGAUCACCGCAGCCGAACUUGACGUCGAAGCGCGCAUUCUCGGAUCCAAGGAGUUCGCGGUCGAUGACAAGAUGUUGGACGACUAUCUCGACAACAUUCUGCAGUGGUGGCUCGGGCAGCGGCCGCCGAGAGGCGUGGACAUCGAGCUGACUCGGCGGUGCUUGAACUGUGAAUAUGUCGAGGGCUGCGAGUGGCGCGCGCAGAAAGCGAUGGAAACCCGACAGAGCACCUUGCAUACAUAACUGUCUGCUUGGGUCAUGUAAGAUCAAUGUUACGGUGUGUUAUUACUCAUUCAAUGUACGGGUCGUUGGAAAUUACGGACAUGUAGGCUAUGUACAGGUAGCACCUCGCACUGUCGUUUUACUCUCAUUACAAUUCUACAUCCAUGAACCUUGACAGCUAUCGACACUCGUACACUGGCAGUCCACAGUAAAUAAAUAAAAAGUACUUUCCGGACGCUCGAGUACGUCCUAGCCCAAAAACCUACCCAAGGAGUAUUCAAUGCUCUCGAGCACCGCUUUAUCGCCUUAGCCCUGAGAUGAGCACCAUGGACUCAACAACGCUGAGUCCCGCAAGUAUUUGGAGAUCCU